CAGCCCGGGCGCGGGUGGGGGGGCGCCGAGUGGGGGUGGCGGCCAGCAUGCUGCUAGGCUGCGGCUCGGCCUCCCACACCCGCGGCGCCCUCGUCCUAGCCAGCAGCGGCGGCGGCGGAGCAGCGAGCGGCUCCCGGGGCUGCAGAGGCGCCGGGUCCGAGCGCGCUGCGCGGCGGCGGCGGCGGGGAUCCGGAUCGGGGCCGGGGCGGGCACCGGGGACCCGGCAUGGCGCUGCGGAGGGGAGGCGGCGGGGCGCCCGGGCUGCGGCUGCCGCUGCCGCUGCCGCUGCCGCUGCUGCUGCUUCUGGGCGCCGCGUGCCUGGUCCCGCCGAGCGCGCAGGUGAGGCGGCUGGCGCGCUGCCCCGCCACUUGCAGCUGCACCAAGGAGUCCAUCAUCUGCGUGGGCUCCUCCUGGGUGCCCAGGGUCGUGCCGGGCGACAUCAGCUCCCUGAGCCUGGUAAAUGGGACCUUCUCCGAGAUCAAGGACCGGAUGUUUUCCCAUCUGCCUUCCUUGCAGCUGCUGUUGCUGAAUUCUAACUCAUUUACAGUCAUCCGCGAUGAUGCAUUUGCUGGACUCUUUCAUCUUGAAUACCUGUUCAUCGAAGGGAACAAAAUAGAAACGAUUUCAAGAAAUGCCUUCCGUGGCCUCCGUGACCUGACUCACCUCUCUCUGGCCAAUAACCACAUCAAAGCACUCCCAAGAGAUGUCUUCAGUGAUUUAGACUCCCUGAUUGAGCUAGAUUUAAGGGGCAAUAAAUUUGAAUGUGACUGCAAAGCCAAGUGGCUGUAUCUGUGGUUGAAGAUGACAAACUCCACCGUUUCGGACGUGCUGUGUAUCGGUCCCCCGGAAUAUCAGGAGAAGAAGCUAAAUGACGUGACCAGCUUUGACUACGAAUGCACAACUACAGAUUUUGUGGUUCAUCAGACGUUGCCCUACCAGUCGGUCUCGGUGGAUACUUUCAACUCCAAGAAUGACGUGUACGUGGCCAUCGCCCAGCCCAGCAUGGAGAACUGCAUGGUGCUGGAGUGGGACCACAUUGAGAUGAACUUCCGGAGCUAUGACAAUAUCACAGGUCAGUCCAUUGUGGGCUGCAAGGCCAUCCUCAUCGACGACCAGGUGUUUGUGGUGGUGGCCCAGCUCUUCGGCGGCUCUCACAUCUACAGGUACGACGAGAGCUGGACCAAGUUUGUCAAAUUCCAAGACAUCGAAGUCUCUCGCAUCUCCAAGCCCAACGACAUUGAGCUGUUCCAGAUCGAGGACGAGACAUUCUUCGUCAUCGCCGACAGCUCGAAAGCCGGCCUGUCAACGGUUUACAAGUGGAACAGCAAAGGGUUCUACUCCUACCAGUCCCUGCACGAGUGGUUCAGGGACACGGACGCUGAGUUCGUGGACAUAGACGGGAAGUCGCACCUGAUCCUGUCCAGCCGCUCCCAGGUCCCCAUCAUCCUGCAGUGGAAUAAGAGCUCCAAGAAGUUCGUCCCCCACAGCGACAUCCCCAACAUGGAAGACGUGCUGGCCGUGAAGAGCUUCCGCAUGCAGAACUCUCUCUACCUGUCCCUCACCCGGUUCAUUGGGGACUCCAGGGUCAUGAGGUGGAAUAACAAGCAGUUCGUGGAGAUCCAGGCUCUCCCGUCCCGGGGGGCCAUGACCCUGCAGCCCUUUUCUUUCAAAGAGAAUCACUACCUGGCCCUGGGGAGCGACUACACGUUCUCCCAGAUCUACCAGUGGGACAAGGAGAAGCAGCUGUUCAAGAAGUUCAAGGAGAUCUAUGUGCAGGCGCCCCGCUCCUUCACGGCCGUCUCCACUGACAGGAGGGAUUUCUUCUUUGCGUCCAGUUUCAAAGGGAAAACAAAGAUUUUUGAACACAUAGUUGUUGACUUAAGCUUGUGAUCGGUGACUUUAAAGGACACACAGCACGAGCUCUCGGGAGAGAACCGAGAAAACAUAUGUAAAGGGAAGCCAGGUUCAGAGGUCUGACACGAACACUGCAUUGGGGAAAUAGACGUGUUCCAAUGUUUAGAACUCACAUUUUAAUCAGGGAUUACAUUUAUUGGCUAACUGCAUGCCACGUCCAUCCUCCCAUUUAAAAAGACAUAGAGAAGCCUCUAAUUCCUGAGAAACGAGUACAGUAGUAACUCAUACCAUCUAGGAAAGUAAUGUGAUAUUUUUUUUUAAAUGAGGAAAGAGAAAAUCAGAUAAGAUAGGACAGCUCUUAACAAUGAAAUUUUUAAAAAGACCAAACAAACUAUGGGCCCGUCUCACCCCAUUUUAGCUAUCUUUCUGGUAAGGACUCUUAAAGCCAAAGUCAGCUGAAAAGAUUUGCUGAUGGUAAGUUUAAAAAUCGGGUAACACUCAGCAUUGCUAUUUUGAGCCCUCCCAAUUUCCAAACAUCCCCCCCCCCCCCCCAACUCCCUUUCCCAGCAGAACCUUGGCAAUUGCAUUGGCUCAUAUGGAUGCUUGUCAUGGGCGUGUCAACACGAUAAUGUUUGAUGAAUUGCUUCCUUUGCUAAAAAAAAAAAAAUAUUCUGCUGACACCUGUCUAGGCCCAGCAUGGGCUGUGGGCCCAGGAGGGAGACAAAGAAGGUCUCCUCUUCCUGUGGUUCAGCGCUGACCCCCGUGGUGGCUGGAGCAGCAAUGCCUGUUCGAUGCUCUCCCUGAUGCGUUGCUUCUCAGAACCCACUCUCUGAGUUUGCAGGUCGCCAGCAGACAGCCCAAAGACCGAAUGGUGCUUUCUAUUCUGUCCUUUAGAGCAAUAGAAGAGGGUUUGCCAUCUGAUGAGCAUUUCCGAACCAAGAGUUUGUAGAGUCUAGGAGGACCUCACACACAUCUCCAUGUACUUUGAAACCUAGAGAUGGCCCUUGGAUUGAUGCAUGCCUUUGCCCCCUUAAUGGGCAACUUAAUAUUUCAAGUAAUUGAAUAGCAACCUAUCUACCUGUCCACCUGCCUACCUCCCUGCUCAUGUAGCCAUCUGCUUUAUUGAUUUGCUGAUAUUGCUGCUGCCAGCUCAGUCCUUCCAAAGGUGCUGUAGCACCAAAUUGUAGAAGCCGGGGUACUCAGGACAGCACACUCCUCCCUGUUCCUGUCCUUUGCUCCCUCGGGGACAUGUGCUGAUAGGGGGCUUUACACAGAAAGGGGUGGGGGAGCGCGGUGGACUGAACAAUAGGGACCAGCUUAGGAGCCGGACACGUAGAAUCCCAUAGACUGGGUCUGCACUCAGGGGCCCAGGUGGCCUGUUUCCAAAUGGGUCUCUCUGGUGUGGACCAUCAGGAAGCGCAUGGGGACAGGGAUCUGGUUUUGUGGAGGGUCCAGGGGGUGUUCUGCCUGGUUAGCUGGCUCUCUUCAGAGAAUAGGAAGGGGAUGGUUUCAGGAGUGGCUCUCAAAGAGUAACCCCACCACUCGUAGCCAUGAGCAUAGCAUCAUCGCUGUACUGUAUUACUUUUUUAAUGAUUUGUGUUUGCCAAGUCAUGAGUAGGUAGAUGUUUUGACACAAAUAUGAAUGUGUGUGUUGUUUCCAGACUGUAAGCAAUGCGGACCGAGGCAAUAAAUAGCACUUAGAGAACAAUGCGCUGAUGUCACAGCAGCUCUCUUGGGCACAUUCUGGGACUGAAGGCCGCUCCCAGUCUCGGACACCAGGGACCUUCAUGAACUAGCUCAUUCACACACGGUGGCCUUGUUGCUUGGGAUGUUUCCAUGAGGCACCGAGGGAACCGGAGAAAAGUGGCGUGUUGUCUGUCAUUUUUAAGCACCAAUGAUUUUCUCCUGUGUUCUUUCCUCUUCCUGGUUGUUUGCAUUGACUGCAAAUGCCCCAAUCCCUGCAUUGGCGGCUGGAUGUGGGAGAGCUCAGCUACUCCUCGGGUUGUCACAAUGGUCAGACUAUUCUUUCUGGCACAUGGAACCCUUCUGACAAGGCUGGGUGGGAAAACAGGUUCUUGGCGAAUAGUCAAGUAGGAGACGUUUAGACAGCCCAGCCCUGUGCCAGAUCGAAAUGAUGUUCCCAAUUCAGAUGUUUAUAGAGAAGGCAACUGCUCCAACAUCACGGUGUUGUCUCUACAGAGCUGUGUACUAGUCUUUCAGCUUCACCGCUGGGGAUGGAAUUAGAGGCUAAUCACGUGCAGUCACCACCCUGAUCACCAUUGCCCAGAAUCUGGAAAACCAGGGAGCACAGGGUGCCGGGCUGGGUGUGGGGGGACUGGUGAGAUAGGAUGUCCAGGUGAGACAGGAUGAAAGAAAAAUCCCAAGCUUAUGAUGGAGGCGGGGAUCGGAGGGAGCAGGGGUGGGGAAGCCACUCAGUUGCAAUCAGGAUUUCUUUUCUGUUUCUUUUAAAAAAAACUUUCAGACAAGAUCCUCGUUUGCAGUCCCUAGAGUCCCUGCCCUGAGGGAGGAGAUAUUGGUUCUGGCCGACUUAAGGAGUGGAGAUGUUCUUGGCGCCAGGCGAUGGAAGCUUUGCUUCAUUAAUCUUACUGCUCCAUCCCAAGAGUCCCUCAAGUUUUAAACAAUUUCUGCAAGAAGAUUUCUUCCCGUAAUAAAUGUAAGAGAAAAAAACUCCAAGCAACAAUAAGAAUUCAAAGCGGGGUGUCUUGGGGGACCAUCCCUGUAGAGAUAGCAUCAGGAGGGGCUGUGCUUUUUGCUCCGUUCCUUCCCAUCACCCACUGCUUGAUCAUCUCUGCUGGUUUUGUCUUUACAAUUUUGGUGGUGUGACUCCCAGACUGAGUCCCUGCACCUAGCCAUGAGGCCAAGACAUAGCUUUAAAGUGAGGACCUGACCCCAAACUCUACAGAGCCAGGAACAGAUCCCUUAUGAAGACUAAAAAUAAGUCUUCAGAUUGAAUGGCGCUGUGUCCUUAGACAGUGGCUGGUAAGACCACCUUUAUAUUUUUCCAUGUAGAUUUGUAUUCAUCUUCUUUGUUCAUAAAUAGUUCUCCAGUUUUUUUGGAGGGCAGAUAUUUUUCCAUUUACAGUGAGAAGGAAUAGACACAAAAGUUCUAAGUCAGUUGCCUGUUCAAGAUUCUUUAUAGUGAGUGGCAAAACUGGAACAUGACCAGAAAUUCUGGAAAACCAGGGACUUGCCCUCUGCCCAACAGACUGUACUUUUUUCCUGUGAGCACUGCUAGGCCCUCCAAAUGAACAUGUUUUAAUCAGGAUUUUGAAGAUAGCAGCACCUUGAGAGAAAAUUUUAAAAAUGCAACCAAAUGUGGAUAUCCAGAGGAAAAGAGUGCUGACUAGACACCAUCCAAUCAACUGGUCCAUUUCACAAUUAAACACCGCACAACUGCCGUUACAAUGAAAGACCCCACUCUUGAAAGUCUUCCAGAAGUUGCAGGUAAUCUUCUGUUCUCAAGAGGGUUUCUAACGGGCCCAGUUGCCUCUCCCCUCACAUAGCUAAGGGAAAGAUGCUGAGGUUAAGACGGGUCUGGUUCUUGUCACAAUGUCCACAAGAUAAACAAGAACAGCUCCACGAGGGGGAAAACUAAAACUGUGAUGCACGAGUGAUGAUGAAUUGCUCUGGGCUACAGUCAGCCUUCAGGGAGCACGCUGGGAAUGGCAGGGCUGCAUUUCUCUUCCCUGUGGAGUGAGAGGCUGUGUAUUUUUAGGGAAGAAAUCAGCGUAGGAUGCUGGAACACUCACGAUGGAAAUCUGGCUGCCAGGAACACUCAGGAUGGAAAUUUCUCCACCGGGGUGUAAUGGAAGAGAGAUGAAGGUCUGCGGGAGGGGAAUCUAUUUGCAUGCCUCCUAAAGAAAAUCUCUUGAGCCAGCUUCCUGAUUCUUCUGCAGAAGUAUCAGCCCCUCGCUCAAAGCAGUAGAGUUAAUUAGGCAGUGACCAGAGCUUCUGUUAAAUGGCACCCUGGAAUAGAAUGCAAUAACCCAGCUGUCGACACAGUGAGUAAGAUGGUCCAGACUUGGGGGAGAGGGAAAGGAAAUGGAUAGAAAAGCAGGGCAGAUGGCUGUGGAGGAGACUCUUUGGGGAACAUGGAAGUGAACUGGAGGAAAAGAACAAGUCAUAAUGAUUUCCUUCGCCUCAGCCAGGCAAGUAGACGGUGGAACGACCAGGCAAAUGAACAGCAUCCUAAUUAUUAAUGGAGAGAGCCGCUAAUAGUGCUAAUGAGAAUAAGAAUUAUCUGGAAAGCUACUGAAAUCUAAACCGAGGCACUCUGAUCCCUACAUGAUUCCAUUGCUUGUCUCAGAAUCCACCUUUUUUUUUUUUUUUUCUAGUAGGAAACUAUGCAUUCCCCAUCACUCCCUUUAACUAUCAGGAAUGCAUAAGACCUGUGAGAAAAUAGGCCAAUAUGCCAUUUGGUACCAUUUUUAAGUAUUUUAAAUGCAUAACUUAGGCAACGUAAGAAUAGUUUAUCUGUCUAUGAAAGCAAAUUUUGUGGUAUGCAAGCUACAAGGAAUGCGUUGUUAAGGCCGAACGUAUAUUUAGCUCCUUUUGGUAAAUAGAGUUAACAAAUGAUAUGCCUCUUAAUUCACUAUGUCCUGUAUACCUAUGAAUAAAAAAUAGCUCCUGCCUACUA